GAGGUUGCGGAGGUAAAUUCGCAAGUUCAGCAAGCUAGGUUCGCAAGUUCAGCAAGCUCGGGGUCAGGCAACCUGACAAGAAGAUCACUUCUCAACAGCGACCUGGCAACCAACGGAACAAAGCUAGCGACGGGGAUCAGAUCAUUACGGAAACCCAAUCUGCAUAUCUGCAAGAUUCAUUGAUGUCAGCAGUGUCGUCUCCUUAUUUCCGAAGAUCAAUGAUAAAAAGUGACGCCAGCCAGGAGCCCAGGAGAAGUGACACCCUGGCAUUGCACCUCAAGCUAAUCUGCGCUCCCGUCCCGGCUCGGUGCGUGUGCAAAGGCCGCAGCCGCCUCUUCCAUAUGAUAGCGCGAGCGUCUGACACCACACUUGAAUACUGGUGACCACAGCCCGCGGGAUAUGAGCCAAGAACCAGCCGCCGUAGCCGUCGUCUCCAUGACGUCCGCGCCGGACCAGCCUCGCCCCCACGUCCUCCUCGUCGCCGCCCCGUUCCAGAGCCACGUCAACCCGCUCCUCCGCCUCGGCCGGCGCCUGGCAGCCAAGGGCCUGCUCGUCACCUUCACCACCGCCCUCCGCGCCGGCAUCCGCCUCGGCCCCGGGGACGGCGACGACGGCGACGCGGAAGCGGAUGCCAGCCGCGGGAGGCUCCGUGUCGAGCGGCUGCGCGGGGGCGGGAUAUGGGCGCCCGACGACCCCCGGUUCCGGGUCGCGGGCGACAUGGCGCGCCACGUCGAGGCCGCGGGGCCUGCGGCGCUCGAGGAGCUCGUCCGCGGCCAGGCCGAGGCCGGGCGGCCCGUGACGUGCGUCGUGGCCAACGCCUUUGUGCCCUGGGCGCUCCGCAUCGCCGGCGAGCUGGGCCUCCCGGGCGGCAUGCUGUGGAUCCAGUCCUGUGCGCUCCUGUCCGUGUACUACCACCACGUCCACGCGCUCGCGGCGUUCCCCGAGGCGGACGCGCCGGGCUCCGUGACGCUCCCGGGGCUCCCGGAGCUGGACGCCGACGACCUCCGGCCCCUCCUGAUCUACGCGUCCGGCCACGAGAUUUGGCGUCAUAUGCUCGUCGAGGACCUCGGCCGCGCCACGGAGACGGUGCCGUGGGUCUUCGUGAACACCUUCGACGAUCUCGAGCACGCGACCAUCUCGGGGCUUUGCGAGCACUUUCCGGUCAUACCGGUCGGUCCACUCAUCGACCCAGACGACGCCGACGGCGAAUCCUCCUCGGCCGCCGCCGACGACGGCUGCACGUCCUGGCUCGACGAGCGCCCGCCGCGGUCCGUCGUGUUCGUUGCGUUCGGGAGCCUGGUGAACAAUGACUCCGACGAGGUGGCGGAGAUAGCCGCGGGGCUUGCCAGCACCGGCCGGCCGUUCCUGUGGGUGGUGCGCGACGACAACCGCGCGCUCCUCUCCUCGGACGCCCUCGCGGCCGCCUGCUGCGGCCGGGGCCGGGGCAAGGUGGUGCCGUGGUGCGCGCAGGGGCGCCUGCUCGCGCACCCGUCGGUGGGCUGCUUCGUGACUCACUGCGGGUGGAACUCCACCGCCGAGGCGCUCGCCGCGGGCGUCCCGGUCGUGGCUUCCCCGAGGUGGUCCGACCAGCGGAUCAACGCGAGGUUCCUGGUCGACGUGCACCGGGUCGGCGCCCGCGCCCCGACGCCGCUGACAAGGGACGCCCUGCGCGAGCGCGUCGAGGAGGUGAUGGGCGGACCGGAGGCCGAGGCGAUGGCGCGGCGGGCGGCGAGCUGGAGGGAGAAGGCGCGCGCGGCGGUGCGCGACGGCGGCUCGUCGGACCGCGGCGUCCAGGCGUUCGUUGACCAGAUAAGGCACGUGGGAGCCCGGCCCUGAUUUGCUCGCCGCUCGGGUCAUGCACAUCGCCCUGGCGGUUUGGCGCUUUGCAGAGAAGUGACGGCGGGUGGGGACGCGCAGCUCCCGUUGGCCGUUGCAUACUUGCAUUCUGCGGGGGGUGUUUGGAAGACAGGGGUUAAAUUUUAGCCCCUGUCACAUCGUAUGUUUGGAUACUAAUUAGGAAUAUUAAACGUAAU